AUGACGGCUAAGAGCAAAGAGUCUUGCGUUAUCUGUUUCGGUGACGACAUUGAUUCUGAUCUCAUGUUUCUUGUUGAUGAAUGCGGUCAUCGGUUUUGCUUUAAUUGUGUGAAGAAGCAUAUAGAGGUUAAACUGAUAGAUCGAAUGAUACCGAAUUGUCUUGUGCAUCGUUGUGAGUCUCAGCUUUCAUUUGAUAGAUGUGGCAAGUUUUUGACUCUCAAGCUGAGUUCAAUGUGGAAACAGAGGAUUAAAGAGGACUCAACUCCUUUGAAAGAGAGAGUUUAUUGUCCGUACCAAAGUUGCUCUUACUUGAUGUCGAAAACCGAGCUUUUUUCGCUUUUUCGAUAUACUCAUAGGAAGAGUUGCUUCAAAUGCGGUGGCAGCUUCUGCGUCCGCUGCAAAGUUCCAUGGCAUAGUAGGCUAUCGUGCACUGAUUACAAGAAGUUGCAUUCUAGACCUCAAAAUGAUAAUUAUGAUGUAAAGCUAAAAUCUCUAGCAAAACUUAAAGGAUGGCGUCAAUGCGGUAAGUGCCAACACAUGAUUGAACGUACUUCCGGAUGCAAACACAUAACUUGCAGGUGUGGAAAUCAAUUUUGCUACAAGUGUGGAGCCAAAUGGAGAAGCAACUCUCAUCAAUGCGGCAUUAGUGAUCGGUUGCAAAACGAAGUCCCACGGCCACAGGGGAGAAUCAGUUGGUUCCAACACGUAGUCCCACUGGCGAUUGAUGUUAUGUUUUGUGGUCUCGUUGUAGUAGUUAUCAUGGCAUUCGGAGAUGUAGAGCUAUUAUGCAAGGGAAAAAGUGAAGCCGCACCGGAACCCAACAUCGAAAGGGGUCCAUCAUUUUCCUGA